AAUUAAAGAAUCAAUUUAUAAGGUUUUUACAAACAUAGAAAAAGUUGACACAUCCACUCCAAUAUCUGUAAUAAAUAAUUGGAAGGAAUCAGAAGAUGUUAAAGAAUGUUUGAACAAUCUUGAUAGCCUUAAUCCUAAUGAUGAUGAAAGCCACUCAAACAUUGAAAUUAUUAAUCUACUUGUGUGGAAAAGAUCAAAUGUGACCAAUAGACAAAUGGCCUUUACUAGAGCUGUUUGCCAUUGUAUUCUAAAUUCAGAACAUGAAGGUGUUAAGAUUGAUCAAACAUAUAUUCUUGAUAGAAUGCAAGAUUUUCUUGGAUAUGAUCCAACAUCAUCUUCUAAUGCAGAGUGA